AUGGAUCUGAAGGAGGGCUGUGGCAGUCAGGGGAGCCAGGAGGGCUCGGGCGGCGUGCGGCCCACCUCCUGGCAGCUGUUCGCCGGCGGCAGCACGCUGCACGGCCUGCGCUUCGUCUUCCCCUACGGGCCGGCCGGCGCCCGCCGCCUGCUCUGGGCGGCCGCCCUGCUGGCCUGCGUGGCGCUGCUGGCGGUGGAGAGCGCCGAGCGGCUGGCCUACUUCCUCUCCUACCCGCACGUGACCAGCGUGGACGCGGUGGUGUCCGGCAGCCUGGUCUUCCCCGCCGUGACCAUCUGCAACCUCAACGCCUACCGCUUCAGCCGCCUGACGCGCAACGACCUGUACCACGCCGGCGAGCUGCUGGCCCUGCUGGACGUGCACCUGGACAUCCCCCAGCCGCAGCUGGCCGAGCCCGAGGUGCUGGCCUCCCUGCGCGAGAAGACCAACUUCACGGCCUACAGGCCCAAGGCCUUCAGCAUGAAGGAGUUCAUGGACCGGGUGGGCCACGACCUGAGGGAGAUGAUGCUCUACUGCCGCUACCAAGGCCAGGACUGCAGCCACAGCGACUUCAGAACUGUGAGUGACCCCCCCCCCACCCCCGUGUCUUCUUUUAAAUGUCAGCCCUGCUGCGUUCAGAGCCGGUCUCAAGUCUGCUUUCCGAUCGUCGAGUAUUUUCAUUUUUACGACCUCGUUCGAGGGAUGUUUGGCUCUCUGCUGAAUCGUCCACAGAGCGGGAAAUCUCAGCCGGGACGCACUGGUAUCUGUGUUCUCGCAGGCGUUAUCUGA